GAGCAGAAGGUGGGGAGAAGAUACAUACAGUUCUGGGAAAUGGCUAUGUCUCUUCACAUGGCUGUACUAUAGAAGGAAGGAAGAGUGUAUAUAUAGAGUUCAUAAACACUGGACUUCCAUUUUUUUUUUUUUUACUUCACCAGAGUACUUUUUUUUGUUGCAUUUAGACCUUUUUCUGGACUCCCCCUCUCCUCCUCCUUUCCCUCCCCCCUCCUUCUUUCAGCACUGGUGCGUAACAGGAGCCACACGAUGAGUUGUGGAUGAGAGGAGUCAGUUAGAAAGAGAGAAGGAAGGCAACACAACACAUGCACACACACUCACGUCGGAACUUAGAGUGACCAAGCAGCGUGCAAGACUGUAGAGUUGGAGUGGCCGGGGCUGGGGGCUGCAGUGUUCCAGUACACUCUCUCUCUCACUCUUUCUCUCUCCCUCUCUCUCUCCCUCUCUCUCUACACCUCUCUCUCUCUGUCUCUCUCUUCCUCUCCUCCUCUCUCUCCCUCCCCCUCUCCCUCUCUCUCUCUCUCUCUCUCUCUGUCUUCAUAUGAGCCCUGAGUCUAAAUGCGAAGCUCUGGAACUGCUACGGCAGAUAUGAAGCUCUCACACAUGGACUCCACACACACAGGGCUUCAAGAUGAUGACAGAUGAUCAUUUGCUCAUUGAUGAAAUGAGGAGAUAAGAGAGAAGAUAUAAUCUCAUUCUUUCUGCUCAUGCCACUGGAGAUUGUUCCAGACUACAGCAGAAUGUCAUUGUGUCACAGACUCCAUAGAUAAGGAGCAGCCUGCUGAAUCAGCCACAUCGGCAUCAUGGCAGGAGAGGCUAAACGGACAUAUGCCACCAAAGAGCUGGAUGCAGAGACCAACCAGAAAGAAAAGAAGCUUGCUGAGCAGUUCAAUGAGAAAGCAUUGCAAGGAUCCCCUGAGCACUUUCAAAAUGUGUGUGUGGAGUCACAGACUGUUAACAAUAAUACUAAGUUUGUAGAAAAGGAGAAAGACAACACUCAACAACGUGAAGCUGUUAUCCGGCCACAACAGGCAGGAAAAAUUGAUUUCAAGUCAUUGCAGAACCGUUCGAACUUCGCCAGUGAUAGAACAUGGCCUAAUGGCAAGGUCAGUCCUCAGUCUCCAAGUGGGAAAAGUCGCAUUCGGGAUAAGGGGAAAAAGUCAGGAAAAACAGAGCGUGCUAACCCACAGCAGCUGUGCAGACUGAGUACUACAAAUUCACGUUCCAAUCCCACAAUAGGGAUAGCCUAUCCACAGCAGAAGCUUUCACCUCCCAAGAAGCUGGAGGCCAGCCGGGGCCCUGUCUCAGGCAGCUACAGGUUUCAUGUACCAAAUAUCCCAGAGCGAGAGGCAGAACUGCAGCAGGAGGAGUUCAACCUCAACCGCUGUUUCCAGGAGGGCUCUAACCUCAUAUCUCCAAGCUAUACCUCACAACCUGUGGGCUCUGCAGCAGGGGGCUCUUCUCACCAGCACCCACCAUCCACUGCAACUCAGCAGCAACCUGCUGCAUUGGAGACCAAUAAUACACAACCUGUCAACCAAAUGCUUUUCCCUGACUUUCAGCUGAGUGGAGCUGACAUGUGGCAGUCUCCUGACAGGGCUUUCAGUAAUGCAAGUUUUGGGGUCCCAUCACAAAAGUCUAACAGUGUUGUGGAAGUGAACAAACCCAAUGGCUUUGUCCCAUUACCAUUUCAGUAUGGGUAUCCACUGCUGGAUAAUGCAGAUUCAUUUCCCUGUGAUCAGAACCCACAGCCACAAGAUUUAAUAGAAGGAUCUUUGGGUCCUAACCAAGUGACCCAAAACUCAUUUUCUUUUCAAUCCUCUGGGGAGGAGCAUGAGGUUGUGCAAAGCAAUACAAAACUGAGUUAUGAACAGUCAGAGGACAGGCAAUAUUGUUUACAAUCCAAACCUCCCCAGUAUGUGCAGACUCCCCAUGCUAUACCAUCAUCAGUCCAUUGCACAAGAAGCAUAGGCGAUGGUGUUAGUAAUGGUGAUAGCAAAGAAUCAAAUAAUCAACAACCAGAUAAGAAAAAGAGUGCUUUAUCUGACAAGUCAGAUCAUUUUUGUCCAGUAGACACUAGGGAUAUAGGUGCUAUUGCAGGGGGUAAAAGAGGUUACCAUUCAAAAAACAGUACUUCUAGUCAAAGAAUUCUUAUUCAAGGCAGUGUACAUCACAUCAGAAAUAUUGCACAGAGUCAAGGUCCUCCAAUUCACUUUUCAAAAAAAAAUUACAACAGUUCCCCAACAAAUAUCAUCCAUGUGGGCUCAGCACCUCUUGACAAAAACAGUAGAGUAGCACAGCCAUGGGAAGGGCCCAACAAAGCCUUCCCAUUACCCUUAGAUCAGAACUCUACCCCAUACCCAUUUCAGUGCCAACCUCCCCUUGAGCAAAGACAAAAUGCAGGAAUUAACAGCCGCAUGCCCUGGCAACAGAUCCGCCUUACUGCAGCCAUGCCAAACCAAAACAGGAUUGAGCUUUCCAGGCAACUUAGUAAUCAGCAAAUGGCUUUUUUGAUAACUCCUUCUGACUGGAAAGAGGAUAGUAAGUCUCAAAAAAGUAACACCCAGAAAAGCUCCAACGAUUUUCCCAACAAUAGAGCCAGUGAGGCUUUUUCAAAACUGAGGCAAGACAGUGUCAAGCAGGGGUGUAAUACAAUAUCACCAUGUCAGUUUACAAAUAAAGUGGAAUCCAGCCAAAACCAAGUUGGAGAUGCCAAAAAUAAGUCAUUAUACUUUGCUGCAGUGCAUGGGUCCACACCAAGAACCCCUAGUUACCCACCAUUACAUGUUCCGACUAUGGAACUAAUGAUGGUGUCCCCAUAUGAUUCACCCUCACACUCACCCAUACAAAACCAAAUGCCUAGCAGCACAUGUUCAUCUCUUUCACCAGACUCUACUAGCCCUGCCAGCAGUAGCUCUGAUGACAGCCAGAAGGCAUCUCCAUCUCAGUUUUAUAACCAGGUGCAAAAUAAGGCAUCACUAGACAACCUGAGUUCUAAUCAGCAUCACUACCAUCCAGAAGUUUCCCGUAGCCUGCGGUACAACCAAGAAAAAGCCAAAGAAAAUAUUGUGAGUUUUUCAUCAAAUAUAAGACAUGCAAAAUCUAAUGUGGAAAGUGGGAAAGGUUGCAUGGACAGCUAUGGGGUGGAGCACCGUCCACCGCCACCAUAUUCAGCUCACCAGCUAUUAGCUAGCUCUUUAGCCACAGCAAACCUUGACCAACUGGAUGUACUUCUCACAUGCAAGCAGUGUGAUCAGAAUUUUAAUAACCUAGCUUCUUUUCUUGAUCAUAAGCAAUACUGUGGACAGCAUGCAUUUGCACAAAAUGACUUCAAAGAUAUUAGGAAAGUGGAAGACACAAGGAAAUUUCAUGCAGAUAACACAAAAGCUAUCUCAUCUGGUACCAAUUUUGCCAUGUCACGGAGUUCAUCUGAUUUGCAUAUGUCCCUGCUAGGGCUUAACAAGAAUGGAGAGAUAAUGCCUGACAGUGAAGCAAAAGUUGAUGCAAAAGAUGAUCCUAUGAAACUCAUGCUGCCAUCUGCACCACUCCCUGACUUAGAGAUGGAAGAUGCUAAGUUAGAUAGUCUCAUCACCGAGGCAUUGAAUGGACUUGGUUAUCAGUCAGACAAUGCAGAAAUUGAUAGUAGCUUUAUUGAUGCAUUUGCAGAUGAUGAGAUCACCACUACAAAAUGCUCAUCUAGCAGACAGACUCUAAAAACCAAAGACUCUGUAAUGUUUGAGAGCCGAAGUAAGCAUGAAUUCACAUCCAGUGAAAAAUCAUUAACACAGCAAAAGUAUACCUUUGAUGCAGACUUUGACUGCCUCACUGCUGAGAGCAAACAUGCUGAUGUUACCUACAAAGAAAAUAACCAGGAUUCAGAGGCACAUACAGAAGGUACCAGAGAGGAGACCUCUCUUGUCAAGAGGGAAUCCACUUUGGAGGAAUCUAACACACGUACAGAGUGGGUUAAUGAGACACAAAAGUCAGAUAAGACAGCAGAUGAAAGUGAGCUUGGUCCCAGGUUUCUCUUGUCCAGAAAGUUUUCAGAGAGAGGUGGACUCAAAACUUUACAAAGCAGCACCCCUUCAGUUAAAACACCUACUCCUCAAUCCCCAUCUGCCACUAGGAGUCCCACACCUCAGAGGCCAAUAGUGAAGGAGAAGAAAAGAAAAAGGAUUAGUGGAGGGAGUUGGAGUAAGGAGCUCAUUCAUAAAAUAGUUCAGCAGAAAAAUAAGCUUCAUAAGCUCCAUGUGAAAGGUACAAAAAACAUGCAGUUCUCACUUGUGAUGGAGAGGGUGACGCCCACUGUACAGAAUCCUACCUUCAGGGAGUAUGAUUACAUCUCUGAUUCAGAUGAGGACUGUGAGCCUGUGAAGAUAGCCAGCCAGGGCCGUCUUAGUCAGAGCAUCCGUUGCAAGUACACAUAUACAAAAGAAUGUAAAGGAAGAAUAAGGGCAGAUAAGAACAGGGAAAGUCCAUGGAAGCAAGACAAGAUAGAGAGCUUUGAAUUGAAGAAAGCCGAAACUGUCUCUCCACCCUCAAUAAAAGAAAUCUCUGGCCAUCAGAGGGUGCGCAGGCGAAGCAGCAGAUCUUCAACCAGCAGUGAACUCAGCACAUCUGUGAGUGUCUCCAGUGAGAGCAUCAAUAGCCCUAAAAGCAUUGAUCGCACAGAUUCAGACUGUGAAAAAAGAGUGGAGAUAAGGAAAAAAGACCAGGAUUCCUUUGAUCAAGACAGAUCUCCACAAAGAAUACUAAAAGAGUCAAGCACAUCAUUAGCUUUGACCUUCACCAAAAACACAAAACAUUAUAGCACUGACAAGAUUCUACUCUCUGAACUCAAAGACAGUUAUACUACAUCGAAGUGUUCAAAUGUCAUCAGUACAACAGAAGAGACUGCAUCAGAACACACCUUGACUAAAAGUACUGUCAGCCUUGCAAGAUUCAAAACCACCAGAGUAGAAGUAGAGGAAAAAAUGGACCACUAUGGCUCUGACAUGGGAAUUGCUGCAAACACAGAGGAGGCCACACCACUCAGCAAAGACUACAAAGAUUACAAAGCUAGCAUGCAUCUCAGAAGGACUGGAAUUACAGUGAAUUCAGUGAAGACCAAAAAUGAUAAAGAAAUCAAAAGAGAUCAUGCGUCAUCAAAAGGAAAAACAUUACACAAGAAGAAAGAGUCACACCAAGAUUCAGAAUCCUCACCAGCUUCCUUUGAGAACUUUAGUAAUGAUAUUUCCACACUCAAAGAAAGAAAGACUGAUCCGAGUGACUUAUUUUCUGAGCCGCCAUCACUUUGCAGUUCACUCAUGGAUGAAGUGUGUUUAUCUUCUGCUAAACUUAAUGAUGCACUCCCACAGAAAGACAGAACCUGUCUUAUGCCUUAUACACUAGAACAUGAACAGAGUCUUAUGAAAUCACCCCUUUCAUUUGAUACAACAUCAAUGUUUGGUGACCUUACAGUUGGUGGAUUUGACAAUAACCUGUACCCAGAUAUUCAACUACCUAAAGAGGGCUUCAGUCCAAUAGAGACUGCAGCUGAAAAGAAAGAGCUGUUUGAGUCAUCCUUUUCACCAUUAUUGGAGCAGAGAGAUUGGAGCUUGAUGGUUGACGUGACUCCUGAACUACCAGAUGAGAUUGCACAGUACAAAGAGGAUUCAGACAUAUCAGAUGAUAAAAAGACCUGUUUUAACCCAGUCCCCUUCACACUGACAGAGAAAAUAAUGGACUACCAUCCAAAUCUCAAUGGAUGUGUCUCUGACGAUGAGCUUGAGAUAAAGAGAAUUGUGACAGAACUUGAGAGCCAGCUCCAGUCAGCUAAGCUAAGUAGUCCUUCUCCACUUGACAAUGAGCCACCAAAACACUUGACUAUGAGUAAAUUUUCGCCAUUAAGACUGGAUGAUCAUGAAAGUGAGAGUGAUCAGGGUAGCAUGGAGGUGGUUUGCCCAUCAGAAAGCUUAGGACUUGCUGCACCAACUGACUCCCACUCAGAACUUUUCGCCGAACCUGACCUGCCAUGGUCCAGUCCAGUUCAGUUUGGGUUAAUGGGUGGACAGCAGUGCCUUCACACCCCAACACACACCACUGUGACAGACACCCCAAUUCAUUUAGGCCCAGAAACUUUACAUGUAAAGAGUGGUGCAGAACUAAAUAUUAUAUCCACAGAGAAACCAGCAGAACUAAACAAUGAGGAGAAAACUGGGAGCAGUGAUCCUCUGGGCACAGCUACAAACAAAUCAGAAGAGAUGAUUGAACAGGAAAUAUACACAGAAAACCUCAUGAAAAGCCUAGAAGUGAUCUCAGAUUCUUUAUCAUCAGGGCUGGAAUCAGCUCACUCAUCUGUUCAGCAAAAAGAGUGCAGUGAAGAGCAGGAAAAAGAGGAUGAUGAAAAGACAGAAAAGACUAGGUUGACAAAUGAGUCUGAAAGAGUGGACUCUAGAUAUUCUGUGGCAGAACUUAAUGAGUGCUCAUCAGAUUUGAAUAAAACAUUAUUGGAGCAGUCACCCAAGCUUAUAACAGGUGACAUUUGUGAGUCAAAUUUAGGUAGCAAAACAGAAAACUCCAGUGAUGUUGAGAGUAAUGAUGUCAGUCUGCGUGACAAGGACACACAGGUAAAUGAGCUACAACCUGCAAGCACUUGUAUUUCAAUCAAUGACUCAGAAGAAUCAAAAUUAUCAUCUAUUAUAUUUGAUCAUAAAACUUGUGAACCACCAGUGGAGACAGGGAAAGUUAGUCCUGAACCAGAUAUUGUGGAAGAUUUUAAUUCAGAGGGCCCUCCCAACAAUCCAAAUGCUUCACCAGCAUUACCAGAUGUGCUUAAAGAUGAAAGCACAAAGGCCCACAAACAGGAAAGCAGCCAAGCAGAAGAGAUGUUCAUAGAAACAAAUGCUACGAAAGAUUACAAAGAUAUGCUUGAAUCUGCAUCAGUAAAUCAUAGCACACAAGUUGAUGAGACUGAAAUUGACACAGUGGAGAGAGCAAGAGGUAACAUAAUGCCAGAUAAUGGUCCAGUCCUUGAGAGCAUUAAGUCUCCUCAUAGUGAAGACACCCAGGAUCAGAGCUGUGAGGCCACAUUGAGAAAGACAUUUUCUGAUGUGCACAAUUUAUGUGGAGAGAAUGUACAAAUCGAUGUGAAUGAGGAUCCAAAACUAAAAUCUGUACCACCAAUUAGUCCAUCACCACUGGUUUCUCCAUACGUUCCUACAAAGAGUUCCCCCUUGCAAGGAGAAAAGAGUCUGUUAUCAAGUUGUUGGACCAAUAUUAACAUAAUUAGCCCUGCUUUGAUUGAAGAGACACUAACCUUUAAGAGUUCUGCAGAUGUGGAUAUUGCUAGGUCACUACAUUCUUGUGAGUCAUCAGCCACAGCUACUGAGAUAAGUAAUGCUUUUGCUUCCAAUGUGAACUUUGCAGAAACCACAGAAAGCAAAAUAUCUAGCCCCAGAACAAUGUUAGCUGUGGACAGCAUCUCCAAACCGGCUUUUUAUGAGGCAAAUGAGAAAUCAGAAAUAUUGGAUGUUAGCCAAAACAAAGACACAUUGUAUGAAUUCAAACUAAGCCCAAUGAAUUACAGUGAAACACAUUUCACUAGCUGCAGCCUAAGUUCUGAAACUUUAAAUAAAAGUAUUGAUGUUCAGUCCAACAUUAAGUCAAGCCCUAAAGACAGCCUCGGUCUCAAUGCUUGUGCACUGACUCUCAAUACACAGCUAUCAUCAAAUUGUCGGCUCAGUCCAAUACAUGUUCAAAACGAGCUUGAAUUAACUACCUAUGAUCACUUGGUUAAAAUGGACAUACCACAUUUUCAUGACACCACCAACCAAAAUGAUAUUAAGUACUGCAGCAUUUCAUCCACCAAUAAUCACCACAUGGAACAUAGAGCUUCAGAUGAUACAGAACAACUCUCAAAACUUCACCAAGAUAAUAUAAGCACUUGUAAUGUUCCCAUGGAUUCUAUUGGUUACAUGGACUUAAACAUCAAUCUUCUGAGGAAGACAGAUGCUGAGAAUGUGGAGAGUCAGAUAAAUACUUUCAAGCUUGAUGCAUUGCCUCAGAAACCUAUUAUGUCCAAUGUUCAAGAAACACCAAAUCCUAAAGAGCAGUUACCAACAGAAUCCAUAAGUUUCAUAAGUUUGCCAAACUCAGUGAUGGGACAGUGCACAAAGCAGUCAGAAGUAAAGUCCUUACAAAAAAAAGGUAGCACACAGAAUGCAGUUCAAGGGAAAUUUCAGUGUGAAAUAUGCUUGAUGUUCUUCCGUACUCUACCCGGUCUUAAGCGACACAAAGCCAUGAAGCACACUGUUAAAACUGAAGGAAUAAUAGCACAAAAGCCAACUUUGAACAGCCAAGGCUUUGUACCACACCCAGUAGAUAAGGAGCUGAAAGAUAACAUGAGUAUCCUUGAUCCAGUGGUCUUGCUGAAUCCUGACAAUGAUGGCACACCUGUAACACAUUGCGAUCUAGCAACUCUUAAUUCAGUACUUCAAGGCAAGGCAAAAGAAUCACUUGUUUCAAAAAGUACAAUGAAUAUUGACAAGGAGGACAAGCUUCCAAUGAUUGAGAAAGCAAAGAAAAAUAACAAAAUUAAAAGAAGCAAGAGCAUGGAUGUCACCAAUGAAGGGUUCAUUAACAAACUAGUAAAGAAGGACCCUUUCCCAGAUGAAUUGCUCAGUAUACUUAAAACAGACAUCCUACAGGCCAUUUCCCCAGAUUUUUCCAGUAUGGCACAACCAGAAUGUCCAAAGUCAAUUGGAAAACUAAGCCCAGCUAACAGUCCCAAUUAUCAAGAGGUGAAAGUCACAGAAGGCAUUCAGGGCAUAGAAAGUGCUUGUGUUGAUGAGCAUGAGAUAACAACAUUGCCCAAGUGCCCUGUAAUGUACCACCAUGGAGCUGAAGGAGACAAUAAAACAACAAAGCCAGAGAGUUGUGCAAGCCUAAAUGCUUUAGAAAAUAAUGGGCAGGCAAAUGACACCAUUUCUGGGGAAUAUAUUGGCAUUAAAGAAAUCUGUGAUCCAUGUGAGGAUCCUUCAACUGCGAUCAAAAGUGAGACAACCAGUUAUCCCACAGAUGAAAAUGGUUCCCAAUGUGAGGGUUAUAAAGAUCCACCAAUAAGCCCCAGUGGGCUGGGCACUGACCUCAAAGAUCUCUUUGAUGAUGAAAACACAUUCUCUCAAUUAUUCCCAAGGAAUGAUGAAAUGAAAAGGAAAAAGUGUGCACGUGUUUAUGGUAAAAGUAACAAAAAGCAGAAACAAAUGACAAGCUUAGUUUCUGACUAUACUGGCUCAAACACAUUUUCUGAUAACAAUGAGGAGUAUAAGAAAAAGCCAGACAAUAUAUUUGCUAGCACUCUGGAUGACCAUUGUGAAUAUGAAACUAUAUCACUUGAUGAUGCUAAAAUGCUUGAGAUGUGCCAAAAGAGCACGCUAAAAAGUUCUCCUCAGAAAAGUUUUCCACAAGAUGUCAUAACAGAUCAUCAGGUUGGGCAUGAAGACACUCAAGAGACUAGAAUUAGUGACUUUUUAUGCCAUACGGAAGAUCCCAUUCUAAAUCCUACAGUGACCUUAAAUGGAUCUGAAGACAAAAAUAUAGACACAGGGUCAGAUGCCAAGGAAAAUGGUAAAUCUGAUGAGACUUGCCCUCUGCAGUUGGUCUGUGUUCAAGACAAUGUCCCUCACUACCCAAGCAUUGACAUUCAGCACUUCAACACUACAUUUCAGCUCCCUGAAAUGCCGCUCUUUGAGUCUGAAAGAGAUAUGUCUGUGGUUGAGGCCAUUGCACCCAAGAAAUCCCCCAAGAAGCCCACAGAACGCAGGAAUAGGAAACGAAUUGAGACUGGACUGAAGCCCAAGGACAAGCAGUACAAAUGCAAGGUGUGUUUCACAUGGUUCCUCACAUUAGGGGAGCUGGAUUUCCACAAGCUUUCUCACAAUCCUUCACCUCCUCCAACUUGUUAUAUGUGUGUCCAGCGCAAAUUUAGCUCCCGUGAACAACUUCGAGACCAUCUGAGGGAGAAGCAUGUCAAGAAUAAAGCAGGUGUCUGGACUUGUGGCAUGUGCUUGAAGGAAAUAUCAGAUGUGUGGAUGUACAAUGAACACCUGCGGGAGCAUGCCACACAGUUUGCUCGAAAGGGUCAGUCUCAAAGUUCCCUGCUGGACAUGCCAGGCUGCUUUAUGCAGGAGAAUGCUGUGAAGAACUUCAUCUCUUCUAUCAUGCAACAUCAAUCAAAAAAGUCUAUCAAGGGGGAAAAUGCAAAAUCAUCUAAGGAAGAGAGGAAAGCUUCUACAGAUGUCUCUGGAGUAGAGCAGAAAUCCUCAGACAUGUGUGAGCCUGAAACUAUAAAGAGCAAAGGAGUAAGUGCUGGGGGAGGAAGCAAGCAUAGUAUAUUCACACCCCUUGAAGUUCUACCCAAAGCAGACACUACCCCAAAAAAUGUUGAAAUGCAUCCAAACUGCAAAGAUCCCUCACGGGACUGUCACCACUGCGGCAAGCAGUUCCCAAAACCAUUUAAGCUUCAGCGACACUUGGUGGUUCACAAUUUGCAAAAGAUUUUCAUGUGUCACAAAUGUCCGGUCUCAUAUCAGCAAGCAAAGGAGCUUAAAGAUCACCUAAAAAGUGAACAUGAGGAGGUGGAUGAACCUGAUUCAAAGCACACUACCCUGUACACGUGUGAGCUCUGUGCUGAUGUUAUGCAUGUAAUUAAGAAGUCUUUCAUCUGCAGUACCUGCAACUACACUUUCUCUAAGAAAGAACAGUUUGAUCGUCAUAUGGAGAAACACCUGGCAGGUGGUAGCAAGAUAUUUAAGUUUAGGGGAGUGGUGAGACCUUGCACACCCUGCAAGUCCAAAGACGAUGACUUUGAUUUGCCACCAAAUAAGAAGAGGAAGGUACUGCCUGAGAAUUCCCAAGAAAACAGCUUGAACAUUGCCAGCAUUGCAUCUGUACACUUACAGCAGAGUACAGACAUACAGGGUCUGAAACCAGUUAUGGACAACUCUACAUGCAACAGUACUGAUGAAGACAAACAGCCUACUGACACAAAUAACACAAGUGUAAAAAUUGAGGACGUGGCAGAAGACCUUUCUGGGGCUCUAGAAGAACUGGGGCAGCAUCAGCCCCAACUGGCUUCCGCUGAAAACACCUGUAAUAUGAAAACAUUGACCAAGGAAGAAGAUAAUGAAGACUUACAUGCACAUGUCAUUGAAAACACAGACACCAAAGAGGUUGGUACAGAUUACAAGGGUUCCCUGACUAAGAUCUGUGAUGUUAAAGUAGAGGAUGACUGUGGAGCAAUUCAGACCACCUCAACAAUGCCAAUUCCAAAUGAGAAUAUUGUCGCUGACAACAAGAUUAAAGAAUGCACUGAUUUGGUAAAUGCAGAUGAGAAGGAGACUGAUUCAGAUCUGUGCAGUUUGCAGUUUCCUAAUCAAACAAGUAAAAGCAUGAAAAGCCAUCAGUCAGAAGACCCUUUGCCUAAAGAGGACUAUAGUCCUAAUGUUAUCAGACUGCCAUCACUAUCCAGUGAGAUAAAUCAACUGAGGCAGGACCAGAUAAACAAAUGUGCAUCUACUGGGAGGAAUGAAAAUGAGCAAGUCAUAAACAAUAUUGACCAGCCAGUAUGUGUCCUGGUUAAAGAAAGAACACCUGUUAAGUCAGAGGAAACCAUUAAACAAUGCGUUGACAAUAGCACAAAGUCCGGAAGCAUUGGAGUCACAGAUGCUGCAGGUGUAAAUCAUGCCAAGAUUUCCCUCAGCUCCGUUACAGCUGAAGACAAGGACUGUGUGAAACUGAAAAAAAGGAAAGAUCUCAAGAUGAUGCCAAGUUCUCCAAGAACAGCAUCAACUGUUACACGUGAGAAUCUUGGAAUUGACCCAAAAGUCAAAAAGAAAUUUCGGUCCAACAAAUUUGAGAGACUGGCUGGUCAACGGAAAGGCGACAUCUCUGUUGACUAUCCUGUGCUCACAUCAGUAAAGGAUGAAAUGACCAGUAACAAAAUUGUCUCAAAGCACAAAAUAGGAACUCUGGACCUACAACCAAAGAGAGGCUCUGACAAUUUUUCAUCCAAGAAAGGAGAGCUCGUCCGUCAUUUGAAUUGGGAUUGCAGAGGGAAAAAAGGUGUGCCUGGUAGAGCCAUUCAUUCUGCCACCUCCAAGGUGUCAGUAACCUCCCUGAACAAUUCAUUUAAUAAAUCCCGUCCCAAGCUUGGGGUCAAGUCCGUAGAGACGCAAUCUUAUCAUACUGCAGAGUCACAUAACAGCCUCCUUAGCAAGCUAUUUGGCCAAAGACUCACUGGUUUUAAGAUUCCAUUAAGGAAGGACACUUCUGAAUCCAUUAACUGAGAAGUCGAUGCUACUAAGGAGGAGGGAACUACGUUAUCCACUAGUUGAUCAAGACAAUUUAUUAAAUGAAAAUGAGAUUGUAUGCCCCUCCUCUAAGAAAUGAUUUAUCUUUUUAAUUAGUCACUUUAUUACCUUGUAUCUUCUUGUAAAUGUUUUCACAUGAUGGUGAGGACAUGUGAUAAAGUUUAUAAAUAUGAAAUGAACUAGCUGGUUUGCCAGCCAACUUUUACAAAUAACUUUAUUUUCUCUACCUUGAAGUUGAACAUUAAGUUACAGAGUCUGUAUUUCAUGAAAAAAGAAAAUAAUUGAAAAAAAACAGUACUUGAAAGUUAACUGAGAUUAUUUUUUCAAAUUAUGCAUGACACAUUCACCACAUGUUGUAGAUGGGUUUUAUUUUUCUUUUGUACAACAGUACCAAAUGAUAUUCCAUUUCUGAACUACAUCAAUGUGCCUAUUUUGUACGAUUCAUAGAAUUGCGCUUUCAUACUCUUUUACCUUACUGUAUUGCAGUGACAUUCAAUGUAUUAGCUUUUGUAUAAACAUAAUUGGUGCUAUAUUAUUUUGAUUUUUAUUGUAAUGUGAACACAAAUGUCCUCUAACUGAAGGGAACAUGUAGCGGAUACAUUCAUCAAAUCAUUCUUGCUGGUACUAUAUAGUUUCUAGGGGAAAUGAGAAAAAAUACUGUGCAAAAAAAGGGUUGAUAUGUCAAAGUUUUAAUUUGGUUUCCUCAAAAGAGGGCAUUAGGAAAGCCUUUUUUCGUGACUAAAUUCGGCAUAAUUUCUGUUUGAUUUGAUGAACUCAGGUGCUAACAAGGAAAACUCUUGCGCAUGAUCCCCUUAUUAGGAAUUCCUCUCAUGCACUGAUGUUACUACAUACCAAAUCCACAAUCAGUUAGCUAGAUGUCAUCCAAAUGUUUUAUUAUUAUUACUAUUAUUUACUAGAACACAAAAGGUGCUUUAUCUUGUUUAUAUGUAUCUUAUAUUGUAUUAUAUUGUAGGUAGAUUAUCUCUGGUGCAAUGCAUAAUGUCAAAGUUCUAUUUUAAUAAUGUGCAACAGAUGAAGAGAAUGAGAAAAGGGAAUUGCUAGGCCUAGCAAAGGCUUAUAAGUGGUUCACAAAAUGCCUCAUAUAAAGUUGGUUAUUAAAAAUCUGCAGUCUUC